AUGCAGGACGGCGCAGGGGCCACGGCGCCUUCGGGCGCUCAGUCGGCGGUGCUCAUGCGCUCGGAGCCGGUUCCUGAAGGGACGACACAGGUCAGCGGCCCAGACUUUGAUGCGCAGCACCCGAACGACCUCGCUGCAUUGCUCGACAGCAUGGCAGCGAUCGGCUUCCAAGGCACGUCGGUGCACGAAGCGGUGCGCAUCAUUGAACAGAUGCGUACGUGGCGCCUCGAGAACGACCCAAAGUACAACAAGGACGACGACGAGAACGCGUCGCUGCCCCGCGACGAUCCCCAGCACGCGUCACAGACCAAGUGCACCAUCUUUCUGGGCUACACGUCGAACCUCAUUUCGUCGGGUCUACGCGAGGUGAUCCACUUUCUCGUCAAGCACAAGUACGUCUCGGCGAUUGUGACAACGGCGGGCGGCGUCGAGGAAGACUUUAUCAAGUGCCUCGGCUCGACCUACCUCGGCGCCUUUCACCUGGACGGCGCGACGCUCCGCAAGCAGGGCCUGAACCGCAUCGGCAACCUGAUCGUGCCGAACGACAACUACUGCAAGUUUGAGGACUGGGUCAUGCCGAUCCUCGACAAAAUGCGCGCGGAGCAGGACACGGCGCCGCCCGAGUCGGACGGCGAGCGCUUUGUCUGGACGCCGAGCCGCAUCAUUGCGCGCCUCGGCCACGAAAUCAACGACGAGCGCAGCGUGUACUACUGGGCGGCCAAGAACGACAUUCCCGUCUUUUGCCCUGCGCUCACCGACGGCUCGCUCGGCGACAUGAUCUAUUUCCACUCGUACAAAAACCCCGGCCUGACGGUCGAUCUCGUGCGUGAUAUCCGUCGCCUGAACGACAUGAGCGUCAAGGCGAAAAAGGCAGGCAUCAUAAUCCUCGGUGGCGGCGUGUGCAAGCACCAGAUCGCCAACGCGAUGCUCUUCCGCAACGGCGCCGACUACGCCGUGUACAUCAACACCGGUCAGGAGUUUGACGGUUCGGAUAGCGGCGCGCGGCCCGACGAGGCGAUCAGCUGGGGAAAGAUCAAGAGCCAUGCCAAUGGCGGUGACGCGGUCAAGGUAUACUGCGACGCGACCAUCAUCUUCCCGUUGAUCGUCGCCGCGACCUUUGCAAAGGCGCACUGGCAGUCAUAG